AUGAGUUCAUCAUCAGCAACAAGCUCUUCUCUGUCCUCGUUUUCGGAUGAAUUCGAAUCUACUCUACCAGAACCACCUCCAGCACCACCACAACCACCCCCACCACCGCCUCCUCCUCCUCCGCAUCCUCUUAUCUCAUCCAUAAGCAAAUCAAUAAAUGAAUCUGUUAAUAGAAAGAAAAUUGUACAUAAAGUUGAACCUGUAUUCAAUCAUGAUACGACGAAAAUACGUAUCUUUCUCGAAGAUGGAUCUUUGACUGAAUAUUCCAUUAAGGAAUCGACCACAGCAGAACAAUUAGUAGAAGAAGUCAUUCUUCGUCAUGGUCUCGGCUCGAAUAUACGCCGAUAUCGAUUAACAUUAAGUGAAGCACGAGAUGCUUCUUGGCGAUCAAUUCGAUAUAUAAGACCACAACAAAAAUUAAAAGACGUAUCACAAUGGUCAUGUAUAACACCAACAACAUUAUGCACGCUACGUGUUGUUAUUGUUCCUUAUCAAGCUGAAUUAUUAGCUGAUACAGAACCAAUUACAUUCACUUAUUUGUAUAGACAAAGCAUCAAUGAUUAUGUUCGAGAACGAGCUGGUAGUGAAAUAAGCGUCGAUACUGCUGUACAAUUGACAGCACUGCUUAUUCUUGACGAAUCAAUAUGUACGGGAGUUCGAACAAAUACUCUUGUCAAGCGAUCAUGGCUAUUACGACAAUUGUUACCACGUUCAUUACUAGAUCAAUUUUCUGUAAAACAAUUAAUUCAUCGUGUUAAAGAUCAUCUUCAUGUUACCAAGGAUAUGACUCAAUUGAAUGUUGCAAAACAAUUUAUACGUAUAUUCUCUGAAAAUGCUCGAUCAUUCGGCGGAAAAUUAUUUCCUGUUAAAUUUCCGGAUAAACAUCGAGAUUCAAUCUUGCUUGUUGGAGCAAGACAUCCAAUUGCUAUCCUUGACCAAGCCAGACGAAUUCAUUCACCUGUUAUACCACUUGUAUCUACUUGGUCUCAUUUAUCUCGUGUUAUUGUUAAACAAUAUCGAAAUGGUGUAGCUAUACGCUUACUGACAAAUCCUCCUCGAGCCACUUCAGUCGAUGAUUCAUCUAUUCUUCAACAGGAAAUUUCGUUUUUAAUUCAUACAAAUUUGCUUAAUGAUUUUAUGGCAUUCGUUGAAGGCUAUUCACAGUUGGAAUCAUCAAAUUUUCCAAUAGCUAUUGAACGUAUAUCACAUAGAAGUAAAUCACCAACAUCAAGCACAAAUAAAUCUAAACUGACGAGUUGUGCAACUGAAUAUCAAAGUGAAUCAUUACAUCGAUCACCAUUUAUACAUCGUAUACUGAGCAAUCGAAAAAGUCAUCGUACAUACAGACUAAAAGAACAAAAGCAAGGUCCGCCACUGCCGAGUCCAUCACUAUUGGAAUUAACACGGCAAUUUUUUACACGACAUCCUCCUAAAACUGUCGAAAUCGAUGAACGAGAAACAAUUUCGAAUCUACCCAAUCGUACAACACUUGUUACAUGGCGUUCAAUAGCAGAUAAUCAGACAACAACAACAACGCCACCACCCCCACCGAUUUUCUAUCGAACUGUCAUUGAUGUUAAACAAAAAGCCAAAGAACAAAUGAAAUAUGUUAUUGACGAUGACGAAGACUAUGAUGGCGCACCUGAUAUAAUCGAUUUAACAACAUCGCGCGGUUACUAUGGGACUGUUAGCUUUCCUAUUCGACCACCAUCAUCAUUCACUGAUGGUCUUAUGUUAUCACAGAUGACAAAUCAAUGCAACAAUGAAUAUGACGAUACCGAUGGUAUUGUUAUAUGGUCGCCAUCAACAAAACAAUUAACUGUUCAUUAUAAUUCCUACAAUAGUAAUAAUAAUAAUAAUAAUAGAAUCGGUCCUUCGCCUGUACUAUCACAUACAGAUAGUACAUGGAAACGAACAUUAGAUCGUAUUCUUAAACGAACAAAAUCAGGAAAAGAAAUUCCACGCGUUACUACUCAUCCAUAUGAUUUCGGUGAUGGAGAAGAUUCAAUGGCAACAACUCAAAAUGGAAAGCAUGUUCGUUGGAUCGAUAAUGAUGAAUGUAUCGUAAAUGCGUGUCGUCGUUUUGUUGAAUAUUUAAAAAUCUUUGUACAAAAUGUUAUUAAUGAUCAAAAUGAAGAAAUCUAUUUGCAGAACUGUCAGAGAUAUUUAAAUGAACUUAAUUCUUUAAUUGAUUGUACAGAAUUAAAAGAAGCAUUUCAAUAUUCCGUCGAACUAGCAAAUAAAUAUGAAAAAAAUCAACUACUUCAACAACAAACAUUUAUUGCACAACUAAUCUCUCGUACUAUUCUAUCUUCUUCAUUAUAUUGA